AUGGCCUGCCAGAAUCAACCGGCAGCAGCCAUCCCAAGGAGACAUAAGAAGUUAUCUUAGGCAGUCUUGCACACAAAAUGUUUGGUUGUAAAAAUGGAUGAUGAUGACAACAGUGUGUCGAAAAUACGACCCAAAUCAUCCGAUUCUGUUGAGUCGUACCCUGAAAGCAUGGGAGGCAACACCAGGGGCAUGGAGGCGUUUUCUCCUUGUGACUCAGGUGUGGUGAGUCCCUCACAAAUAGGAUGUGCUAGGAAGGAAUUUAUGAUGAUGACUCCAGAAGAAAAGCUCAGACACUUUGAAAGCAGAUUUCAAGACCAUGAAGAUAACCAACAAUUUGAUGCUUGCAUCCAGGACCUGGUGCGUUGUGUGGCACUGACGAGGCUGGUAUAUGGGGAUAGACACCUGAAACUAGCCCAGGCCCAUGCGAGACUGGCUAAAGCAUAUUUCCAGUUUAAAGGUUGGGGACUGCAGGGCCAAGAGCACUCAUUGCUGGCCAGAGAGCUGUUGACUUUCUGCCCCUCCAUCUCCUCCUGCAGAGAUGGAAAACUAGAGGUUCUCUCAUGUCUGCUGAGCAUAAGUCUUACACAGGGGGGUGCUGCACUGCUUGCUGCUAAUCUCGAGGAGGCAGAAUUAUCUUAUCUGGAAGCGAAACAAAUUAUUGAAGAGCUUCAUCAACACGGAGGAAUCAGUGAGGAAGAGAAGAUCAGGUCUGAACUGGAGAUCUCCACUGGUCUAUCUAGGGUCCAUAAGAGACAGAACAGACCAGAGGAAGCUUUGAGCCAGUGUGAGAAGUCCCUGCAAUUGCUUAAGGAUUGUGGUAAGCCAGAAAAGACCACCUCUGUCUAUAGGGACAUGGCUGCCAUUGAACAGGACAUGGGUCAUUUGGACAGAGCAAUAGAGCAUCUCUCUAAGGCUCAUGCCAUUACUAUGAGUCACUGCCCAGAGGAGCUAGAGAGGGCUCAGAUCUCUCACAGCCUGGCCCUCAUCUUUUCUGCAACUGCAGAGCCCCACCACAAUGACUCUGCAAGUCACCACUUUGAGCAGAGCCUAAGUUCAUACCAGAACUCUGUAGGUGUGGAGGAUCCAGCCUUUCUCGCUGCCCAGGAUGACUUCUGUCGCUUUCUCCUCCUCAAUGGACAGCAAGAGAGAUGUGUGGAGAUCCAGAGAGCCUCUGUCACUUCAAAGAAAUCUACAUUUGGUGAUUUGAGUGCUGAGGUAGCAGACACCCUUCAGCUUAUAGGAAGUGUGGAAAUGAGUGAUGGAAGAAUGAAGCAGGCUCACGGGACCAUGACAAAGUGCCUGGAGAUCCAGAGUUUGCUGUAUGGCCCUCAGCACAAGAAGACAAAAGCUACACAAAAAGCUGCAGACAUGUUGGCCCGAGUACCAGAGGUGGCCGAGAGCCUGCAGAGGCAAGGUAGAAGGAAGACAAAAUCUCACAUGUUUUCAGCUCUACCAUCCAGUGGAAAAGAGGGUAGCAUGUCUAACUCUUGA